AUGGAAACCGACAUGUUCUCCUUCGUCAAACUCACCGGCGAUCCUAACAUCCCCGCCGGCCAGGUCAGCUGGAAAGUCCGCGCCGACCGGAUCCAUCAGGCCGAUCCUGGCUGGCUCAAAGGUCUCGGUCAAGUGGCUAAUACUCAGUACAUAUGA